AUGGCUCUCCCUCUCGGCAAGUUAACUAUUCUCGUUGGUGCAGGUAUUCUUGGUUCAGUUCUUGCGAAAGAGGGGCACUUGCCUGAUGUUUCUAGUUUUGUUUCAGGUGCUUUCAAGAUUGCUCUCAGGCAACUUAAACGAGAUGAUUCUACUUCAUCAGUUAGCAAGUCUAGCAAGCCUCCAAAUGACUCUUUGAUGGCUCAGGUAACCAGCCUUCGACAGGAGCUGCAAAUGCUGGCAUCAAGUAGACCAGUCACAAUUGUAACUGCAAGCGGGACAGGUUCUAAUAAAUAUGGUGUAGUUGUUGUGGUUGUAGUAGUUGGAUAUGGCUAUGUUUGGUGGAAGGGAUGGAAACUUCCUGAUAUGAUGUUUGCAACCAGGCGUAGUUUAUCUGAUGCUUGCACUUCUAUAGCCCAACAACUAGAGAGCGUUUAUGGGUCCAUCCGGAGUACUAGGAGGCAUUUAUCUUCAAAGAUCGAUGGUGUGGACUCAAAUUUGAAUGCUGUUGCAGAACUGACAGCCAGUACUCAAGAAAGGGUUACUGAAUUGCGAGAAGAUUCAGGUAGGAUUGGAAGUGAUGUCCGAUAUGUCCGUGAUGCUGUUGAAACACUGGAUUUGACAACACAAGGAGUAAAGAGGUUGUGUGACUAUGCCUCUGGUUUGGAAAACAACUUGCUUGAAGAGAAUACUUCAGCAUCCAGUUCACGGCUAGCAUUCUCUUCGAAGGUCGGGGCAUUGCCUGCUCCAUCAAGUGAACCAUCAACUCCUUCUGCCUCAAAUGGAUCUCUAGAGGUUCAAAGCUCCCCUCGAAAUGCUGCAUCAGCCUCAAGCCAGCAGAGAAGUAAUGGGAUUUCAGGAGUGGCUGAGGUUGGUAGCAGCCUUGGGAUUUCUAAUGGUAUCCGUACAUCAGAAGAAACAACUAAUGGAACAAGUUGGUUUAAAUCAGCAUUUCUUAUGAGAACGUUCAGCGCAACAAACAGUGUAGCCAGCCCGGAUGCCAUUUCCAAAAGGAAAAUGGUGCAUUAUCCUGCUUAUCUGGUCACUUCUUGUUGGCUUCCUAAAUUUGUUUUCAAGAUCUCUGGUCAAAAAAUGAGGGUUACCAGAAUGAUGGCAUAUAAGAGACAUGGGGACGGUAGAGCAGUUAACAAUGAAGCAGAUAAAGUGGAAACUGAAGCCAUUUUCUGA